AUGGAAAACGAGGAUAAUGCUGUUUUCAGUGGUUAUGCCGGUGGAUAUGAUUCAGUUCCUGGUGUAGGAAUUGUUCCUCCAGCAGGUAUUCCUUUGUCGAAUAUUCAGGCAAAUGGUAAUUACCAAAUAGAAGCUAAUUCAGGACGUGUUGAUCCAAAUAAUUUUCCAGGUGUAGUUCAUUGGGGACCGGAAGAACAUGUGUCAAGUGCACAACUUGAACAAAUUAUUCAAAGUCGUGUGGAAUAA